UCAGGUUCCUGGAGAAUAAAAAACAUUUAGCUCUUUCCCCGCAUCGAAAGGCAUUUGGGGUUAGGGUUUGGGUCUCACGUAAUCGGAAAAUCUGGUCAAUGCAUACUUUCUUGGCAGCAAAUCCUUUAAUUUUCAUCUCGUUCAUCUUCCUGGUAUUCAAUCCGGGCACACAGUUUGUGCUAUCAAAGCAGGACGGUGGCGAUGGGGUGUGCGCAGGCUUCAACAAGCCGGGAUUGUGCCCCAUCAAUUGCUUCCGAGCCGAUCCCGUGUGUGGCGUUGACGGGGUCACAUAUUGGUGCGGCUGUCCUGAAGCCUUCUGUGCGGGUGUUGAAGUGGCCAAGCUAGGCUUUUGUGAAGUUGGCAGUGGUGGCAACGCUCCUCUUCCUGGUCAGGCGCUUCUUUUGGUCCAUAUUGUCUGGCUAUUCUUACUUGGUUUUUCUCUGUUUUUAGGCAUUUUUUGAUUGUGAAUUCUUUUCGAGUGAUUUAUUUUUAGAUCUUUCACAAAGUGAGGUAUCAAUUCUUGAUGGAAAAAUUGUAACCAACGAAUAGCAUGCAUGAUAAACCCGUGUAACUUCUCAUUUUGGUACUGAUUGUCAA